CCCAGAGGGAGGGUCAGAAGUACGGAAGGCCAGAGCAGGGCACUGUAAAGCACAGGCUCAAAGUAGAGGACGAUCUUGCUUUGGUUUGAGGAUGUACUACAUUCAACAAGUAUUUACUGAGCACUUACCAUGUGCUAGACACUGUGCCAAGUAUUGAGGAUGCUGCCAUCAAGAAGACUGGUCCAUGCCCUCAAGGAACUUACAGUCUGGUGGGGGGAGAUAGACAACAAAGAGGUCACUGGUGCCUCAGCGAGGUGUUAACACUCACAACUACUUCCUACUACUGCCUGAAGCUCAGUUUCCACAUGUGAUAAUGUGAUAAAAAUACCUACCACUUAAAGACUGUUCAGAGGAUGAAAGGAAAUGAUGUGUGUGAAGAGCUUAGCACAGUUCAUGGCACAUGGCACCAGGGAAAGAACCUCUCAACAUCAGACGGUGACCAGUCUGGUGACGUACAGCUACAACCAUGAACUACCCCCUAACCCUGGACAUGGACCUCACGAACUACAAUCUGGAGGACCUGUACAAGGAAUUAGGCAGCUUCAAUGACAGCGCGGAGCCCCCCACGGUGGAAAAUCACCUCUGCUCCACAGUUGAGGGGCCCCUCCUGAGCUCCUUCAAGGCCGUGUUCAUGCCCAUGGCCUAUGGCCUCAUCUUCCUCCUGGGUAUGAUGGGGAACAUCCUGGUGCUGGUGAUCCUGGAGCGGCACCGGCAAACACGCAGCUCCACUGAGACCUUCCUGUUCCACCUGGCGGUGGCCGACCUCCUACUGGUCUUCAUUCUGCCCUUUGCUGUGGCCGAGGGCUCUGUAGGCUGGGUCCUGGGCACCUUCCUCUGCAAAACUGUGAUUGCUCUGCACAAGAUCAACUUCUACUGCAGCAGCCUGCUCCUGGCCUGCAUUGCUGUGGACCGCUACCUGGCCAUCGUCCAUGCCGUCCACGCCUACCGCCACCGCCGCCUCCUCUCCAUCCACAUCACCUGUGCAACCAUUUGGCUGGCGGGCUUCUUCUUCGCUUUGCCAGAGCUUCUCUUCGCCAAGGUCAGCCAACCCCAUCACAAUGACUCUCUGCCACGCUGCACCUUCUCCCAGGAGAACCAAGCCGAAACCAAUGCCUGGUUCACCUCCCGCUUCCUCUACCAUGUCGGAGGAUUCCUGCUGCCAAUGUUGGUGAUGGGGUGGUGCUAUGUAGGGGUGGUGAACAGGCUGUGCCAGGCCCAGCGACGCCCUCAGCGACAGAAGGCAGUCAGGGUGGCCAUCCUGGUGACGAGUGUCUUCUUUCUCUGCUGGUCACCCUACCACAUCGUCAUCUUCCUGGACACCCUGGCGAGGCUGAAGGCCAUGGGCAAUAGCUGUGAGCUGAAUGGCUAUCUCUCUGUGGCCAUCACCAUGAGUGAGUUCCUGGGCCUGGCCCACUGCUGCCUCAAUCCCAUGCUCUACACUUUCGCCGGCGUGAAGUUCCGGAGUGACCUGUCACGGCUUCUGACCAAGCUGGGCUGUGCCGGCCCCGCCUCCCUCUGCCAGUUUUUGCCUAGUUGGCGCAAGAGCAGUAACUCUGAGUCAGAGAAUGCCACCUCCCUCACCACCUUCUAGCUCCCAGCUCCCUUCUGUUUCUGUUUUCUUUGGGGGGAUGCAGUGAUGCUAGAACCCCUUCCAACAGGAGCUGGGAUCCUAAGAGCUCAUCUUGGCCAGUGUCCUCAUAUGGGGCAGCUAGAUGAACCAACCCCUCUUUCCAGGACAUCCCUGCCAGCUCUUCUCUCAGCACCUAAGAGUAAGUGCUAGACUAGAGUCCAGGGAGGAGAAAGCAGCCCAAAGGCAAAGCAAAGGAUACCUGUACCUGUCUGCAUCACCUUGGGCCAAGAGGACGCCUCACACCUUCUCUCAUGUUAACCAUCCAAAGCUCAAGAAACAACUUUUACUUCUGCCCUUGCCAAUAGGGAAAGUCAGUCCCCUCCCAGAA